UAUUCAUUGUCUGUCAUUGAAGGUCGUAAAACUUUUCCAAGAGCCAGAAGGACUCAGGGGAACAGCUUCCGAUCACCAGUUAGUUUCAGUCCCACUGAUCACUCACUGAGCACCAGUAGUGGAAGCAGCGUCUUUACGCCAGAAUAUGAAGAUAACAGAAUGAGGAGAAGGGGAAGUGACAUAGACAAUCCUACCUUGUCAGUCAUGGACAUCAGCCCACCCAGUCGCUCACCACGCGCUCCAACUAACUGGAGACUUGGUAAACUGCUGGGUCAAGGUGCAUUUGGCAGAGUAUAUCUGUGUUAUGAUGCUGAUACUGGAAGAGAACUGGCUGUUAAACAAGUUCAGUUUGAUCCUGAUAGUCCAGAAACCAGCAAGGAAGUAAAUGCACUUGAAUGUGAGAUUCAGUUGCUGAAAAAUCUGCUGCAUGAAAGAAUUGUUCAGUAUUAUGGCUUCUUGAGAGAUCCACCAGAAAGAACACUCUCUAUAUUCAUGGAAUAUAUGCCUGGGGGUUCCAUCAAAGACCAAUUGAAAUCAUAUGGAGCACUCACAGAGAAUGUGACUCGUAAAUACACGCGGCAGAUUUUGGAAGGAGUUCACUAUUUGCACAGUAAUAUGAUUGUCCAUCGAGAUAUUAAAGGAGCGAAUAUUCUGCGAGAUUCAGCAGGCAACGUAAAGCUUGGUGACUUUGGUGCCAGCAAACGACUGCAGACUAUCUGUCUCUCUGGUACAGGAAUGAAGUCUGUCACAGGAACUCCAUACUGGAUGAGUCCAGAAGUUAUUAGUGGAGAAGGAUAUGGCAGAAAAGCAGAUAUCUGGAGCGUAGGCUGUACAGUGGUAGAAAUGCUCACUGAGAAGCCCCCGUGGGCAGAGUUCGAAGCAAUGGCUGCCAUCUUUAAAAUUGCCACUCAGCCAACCAACCCCCAGCUACCACCUCAUGUCUCCGACCACGCUCGGGAUUUCUUGAAACGGAUUUUUAUCGAGGCCAAGCUGCGACCAUUUGCAGAUGAACUGCUAAGACACACGUUUGCACACUAUCACUAACAGCCUGCCUCAACUCAGCUUGCAUCUACUGCAUUUAUUUUCUAUUUGACUGCACUUUUAUUUUUAUUUUUUACAAAAAAAGGAGAAAAAAGACAAGAGAGAGAAUAUUCUCUUGAAUCUUUGUUUCACUUAGAUUGUAAACAAUCUAAAUUUUGUAUCUAAAAUGAGAAUCUUCUCUCCCCGGCUCCCACCAGGACUAGAACUUUUAGUUUCUCUAAUGUACUGAUGUGGUUCAUGUAGAUAAAGCACUUUAGUACAUAUUUGUUCCUUAUUUAAAGGCGGGGGGAGGGGGGGAAGACAAAUGUUCAGACAGUCAGGAACUGUGUGACUUUUUCUGACACCGCUGACUGACUCAGGGUGCAGGGAAAAAUAGACAUGCAGCUAAAGAAUAAGAAGGUUACUUCUCUGUGAUUCUUCUUUAUAUUGUCGGUACUUGCAGCAGAGAGUUCUAAGUUCUUAUUAUAUUUUAGCAUUUUAAUCAGUUUCUGGAUUUUUACAGUUUAAGCUGGAACACGUUUCUGACAUGCUAAUGAUAAAGCUGGA